CCCGCCCUCAUCCUCUCGCCGCCCCGACACCCAGACUCGUCUGGUGCCCCCUUUCAAAUUCCUCUCAUCCAUUCUACAUUUUUCUGUGAUUUCUCUGUCAUGUCCCGCCUCGCCAUCCUCGCGGCCGCUCUUGCGUCUUCCGCCUCCGUCUUCGCCCAGACGUAUUCCAAUACCUUCGGUGUCUACACUAUUACUCAGGAUACUGGCGAGGACGUGCCUCUUGCCUCCAAGCACUUCCAGUGGCCGGACCUGCCGUACCAGGCCGACUCCGGCGACGGUCCCCGUGGUACCCAGCAGGGAUACAAUAUCUGUAACGCCACCACCCAAAACCAGGAUUCGUGGUGCCAGACCGCCUACAUCAACUCUGUCGACGACUUCUGUCUCUGGGGCUCCCCCGUUUCCUCAGAGACUGUCGGGGAUGUUGAAGAGGAGAUGGUUGCCUACUGCACGAAGAAAGUCCACGGUACUCGUCUCCUUAGAGAGGGUUCCAUCCAGGGUAUCCAGAUGGUCCAAACCCCGGAUUAUGUCGAAAUCGCUGGCUACAUAGAUCAAACCGCCUUGAACCUGACCGCUGAUGACGCGGGUGGCGAGGAAGAUCCCCAUGGUGCUGACGAGCGUGGCAACCCACUCGGCUCUCUCCUCUAUUCCUCUGCCUUCAACGCCAACAACAGCCAGACCAACUUCACCCAGGUCAUCGAGUGGUCUUACUUCGUCGGCGAUGGCAUCUUCUGCUUUAAGGCCUGCGACCCUGCUGGUUCCCGUGCUGCCGAGCUUUGCGCCCAUGUCUAUGACCGUGUUGGCUGCACAUACAACGACCCUGUUGCCUACUCUGAGAUCAACGGUACCUUCCAGUACUGCCUUGGUGAAGACAUGACUCCUCCUGGCCAGUACGUCUCCGAUGGUAUAACUACCACCUGGUUCCAGCCUGCCGAGUCUCUCGGAGCGAUUACUUCCAUUCCGUAUACUCCCACUAUCCCUGCCACCUCUCAAUGCACGUCCUACACUUCUUCCGCAAUCUACACUGAGCUCCUCGGGGCCACUGGCUCCGCCUCCGGCUCUUCUGCCUCUGCCACCGGUAGCAGCACCGGCAAGUCCAGUGGCUCGCAGUCCAGCUCAGGCAGUGUUGCUUCGUCGACCAGUUCCACUUCGGCCGCUCUUCGCAAGGCGGACAUGACUUCUGGCCUUACGUCGCUUGCCCUUAUGUGGGUCCUGGGCUUCGUUAGCUUCGGCGCCUUCGUUGUCGCUCAUUAAAUGGUUUUAUAAUGGUGCGAGUGCCUUGCGGUGCUCAUUUGUACGACAAGUCAAUGUAUGUAUGGUCUUUUUUUUCAAAAACCUGGUUAUAGUGUCGCGGACUCGCAAUAUUCUUGGGUAGUAGCCUGGCGUCGGGCGCAAGAACUCUUUUCGGUCUUGCCUUUCUCUUUCACGAUGGACUACAAUUCUACAUAAGAUUCUUUUUCCUUAUAGUGUCCUGUCUGGCGUGUCACGAGUAUUGUACUUUUAAUCGGUACUUGCGAAUGCGUCGCCUACUGUCGUUAAUGUGAACAUGUUUUGUGUAUACCACCCUCCAAUCCUAUUUUGCACACUAAAAUAUCCACUGAAAGAACAUCUUCAUUCAAAACAA